CUCAGUUCUAACAACAAACGGGAUCAUUGCUAGUCUGCGGGUGGGAUACCGCACAUACUAGUAUUUAAAAAAAGAAAAAGAAAUUCUGCAAAAUCUGCACGAGAAGAAAUUCCGCAAGCAUUUCUCGAUAGGGUUUUGGGUGCAGAACUGCAAUGAGCGCGAAAAGGCGACGGAGUGAUGAGGAUCCGUCCGGUACGAAUUGCCGGAAAAUGGAUGUGAAGAGGCGACGGAAAAUGUGCGGGAAGAGGCGACGGAAAAUGUGCGGGAAGAGGCGACGGAGUCACGAGGAUCCGUCCGGUGCGAAUGGUGAAUCGGAGUCGGGUUCAAAGCGCCCUUGGCCAUCGACGGCAAUGAAACCUUUAUCAGAUAGGACGCUGAAGCUGUUAAGGGGGAACAAUACAUGCUUUCCAAGUGUAUCCAAGUGGCUACAACGAAACAUCAAACUUUCAAUCUUGGACCCCUGCAUCCGCGCCAGGGAUACUUACAACCCUUACCGACGUGAUCUGAAAGAUGCACACACGAUUUAUCACACAGCGUUAGCUUCUCAUGAACUGGCUAGUAGAGAUGAUUUCGUGAUGGUGGUGGUGCCAAUGAUGAGGGAGGGUUUCACUAGUUCUUACUCUAUCUAUGAACACUUCUUGUCGGGCUUUUCCUGCCUUGCUGUCCCUUUCCAUGAAACUCAUCGGAGUGAAAAGAUUUGCUCAGCACUCGGUUUUAAUGGUAAGCUUAAAGUUGUGAUUGCAGAUAAAUAUCAGAAGGUCCUUUACCAUGGCCCGCCCGACAUGUUUCGUGGGGUUGGAGGAGCUGAACUUGAUUGUUUUCCCUUUACUCCGGAUAGAGUGAAGACUUGUUUACACCGUGAAAGUUUUCGGUGUGAUCACUCCCUCAAUGAGCUUUUGGGCCUUAGAGAUGCUGAUGUUCUCUUCAACAUUGAAUAUCUCACUGGCGGCAAGUUGGAGGAGGAUGCUGCAGGUAUUACUGUUUCACAACUUAAACAGAAGUUUGUGGGGGUUUACAUGUGCUAUAAUGGCCGAAGCUUAAGGAUACUUCUGGAGGUUCACGAGGAAUGUAGGCGCGAGAAGUAUGAGCUUGAAAUUGUGCUAGUGUGUUGUCCCUUCUAUUGGCAGGUGCCCCCAGAGUUGCAUAAGGAGUUGAUCAUUGAAGCUCUUGCAAGUGUUAGCGUCCUAGGCUGGUGGGUUUUGCCCUUCGACAACACCGUAUGCCAUAGGCUACUGCGAAUGUGCGAAGUUGGCAGUCAUCGGGAAGGUUUUUUCAUAGUGGAUCCCAAUGAAAAGUUUGUUGACCCGUAUGGAUUACCAAUCAUCCUUGACUUUGGCAUUGACAGUUAUCCCUUCACCAGGAAGAAAACAAUCGACAUGGAAUUACAAAGGAAAAUGGGACUGAGAUUGAACUCAUUACUACAUCCUUGGGGAUAUCCUUCUAGCUCGCUUGAUACCUGCACCAUGAUUGGCAAGAUUGUUGUUCUUUAUCUGUACAAAGAGCCAGAGAAGUUUUUAGCUGAUAGAUUGGCUGCAUGGUAUAAAGAGAUUAUCAAGGAAAGGGAUUCAAGUGUUGUUGAGGUGGUUGCUGUAAGCAUUGAUGGUAUUAGGGGCACUAGUGAUGAAGACUUCAUGGCUUUGGGGUGGUUGGUGUGCCCUGCAGACCCAGCCAAGUCGGCUAAACUUUGUGGCGAAAUCUUCCAUCCUCUUUGUGGGCCACGCGAGACUCUUGUUGCUUUUGAUGAAGAUGGCCAAAUUACAUCCAUGGACCCUUCUCACAUUUUGGAAUCUCAACGUCCUUUCCUUGCCAAUAAUCUGCGUCAAGAGAUUGUUCUGGAAUUUGAUAACGCUGGGUUUGGAUACAUGUCCUAUUGAUCAUAUGAUGGGUUUGCAAGCACUCUAUUUUGCCUGGUGGUGCCCCUUGUUCACACUUUGUUUUGUUCUUUAUCUCCCAUGUUUCCUUUGUUUCAUUUGCAUAGAUAUAUAUAGUCAAUAUAGUAAAACAUACACAGUACC